CCCGCUCGCUCCGGGAGCUGGUCCUCGCUGGUCCUCGCUGGUCCGGGUCUUUGUUCUGGGUCGGCGCGGGGACAUGCGCGGCUGAGGAUGGAGGUGGAGGACUCGGGCGGCGUGGUGCUGACCGCCUACCACUCGCACGCGCGCUCGCAACCGCAGGGCGCAGAGCCGCGCUGCGCGCCCCGGGCCGCCGCCAGCCACCCGCUCAGCAGAAAAUCCAUUCCUCGAUGCCGAAGAAUUAACAGGAUGCUCUCCAACGAGUCCCUACACCCUCCUGCCUUCAGUCGCUCCAACUCUCAAGCCUCCGUGGACAGCAGCACAUCGGUGGACGAGUUCUGGCGGGAAAUAGAGAGUAUUAAAGAAAGCAGUGUGGCUGCACAGGAGGAGCAGCCAUCCACCACGCCCACCACGCCCACCACGCCCACCACCGAGGUCAAGCCUGUGGAUGAAGGAGAGCUUGAAGCAGAGUGGUUACAGGACGUGGGGCUGUCAACCCUGAUCUCCGGGAACGAAGAGGAAGAUGGCAAAGCACUGCUGUCCACGUUGACUCGGACCCAAGCCGCUGCCGUGAAAAAGAGAUACAACACGUAUACCCAGACCCUGAGGAAAAAGACCAAGCAGCCUGUCAGGGACGUGAGAGACAUCUUCGGAGUCAGCGAGUCUCCUCCUAGUGAUUCUUGUGACCAUGCUGCUCAGUUGGAUGAUGCCAAGGAAGAAAAGGAGCUUCCAGGAGUUACCAAACCCAGUGGCCCUCUGCCAGAUGAUGCCUCUCUCAACAGUACCAGCCUAUCCAAUGGUGUCCAGGAUGAAGAGGGUGGUUUUGUGGACCUCCACAGUGCCUCCGUGUCACUGCUUGAGGUUAUGCCAGGUGUCCCUAUUCACACCAAUGGGUCUGCGGAGGCUGAAUCGUCAGUCCCGAGCGCCUUGAGUGAUGGUGAUUAUCUAGAAAAGAACAUUCCACCCGAAGCUGAAGAGCUAUCUUUUGAGGUGUCUUACUCAGAAAUGGUGACAGAAGCCCCGAACAGAAAUAAAUGGAAGAAGUCAGACAUUAAGAAAGAAGAGUGUUCCUUGACUAAAUUUAUUGUUCAGAAAACCAGAUUUGGGUGGACCGAAACAGGGGACCUGUCUGCCGAAGACAUGAAGAAAAUCCGCCACCUCUCUCUGAUUGAACUGACGGCCUUCUUCGAUGCUUUCGGGAUACAACUGAAAAGAAACAAAACGGAGAGAGGCAGGGGCCGAGACAGCGGGAUUUUUGGCGUGCCACUUACGGUCCUCCUGGACAACGACCGGAAGAAGGACCCUGAAGUGAAAGUCCCCCUUGUAUUACAGAAAUUCUUUCAGAAAGUCGAGGAAUCAGGCCUGGAAUCAGAAGGAAUCUUUCGACUUUCAGGAUGCACGGCCAAAGUCAAGCAGUACCGUGAAGAACUGGACGCCAGGUUCAAUGCUGACAAAUUCAAAUGGGACAAGAUGUGUCACAGAGAAGCCGCGGUGAUGUUGAAAGCUUUCUUCAGAGAACUGCCCACCUCCCUCUUCCCCGUGGAGUACAUACCCGCCUUCAUCGCUCUGAUGGAAAGAGGGCCUCACAUCAAAGUGCAGUUUCAAGCCUUGCACCUCAUGGUCAUGGCCCUGCCUGACGCCAACAGGGACACAGCCCAGGCUUUGAUGACAUUCUUCAGUAAAGUGAUUGCCAAUGAAUCAAAGAACCGCAUGAGCCUGUGGAACAUUUCUACGGUGAUGGCGCCGAACCUGUUCUUCAGCCGAAGCAAGCACUCUGAUUACGAAGAACUUGUGCUCGCCAACACCGCAGCCCACAUCAUCCGCCUGAUGCUCAAGUACCAGAAAAUCCUGUGGAAGGUCCCUUCUUUCUUGAUCACCCAAGUAAGAAGGAUGAACGAAGCCACCAUGCUGUUGAAGAAGCAACUCCCGAGUGUGAAGAAACUGCUCAGGAGGAAGACCCUGGAGCGGGAGGUUUCGAGCCCCAAGACCUCGAAGGUACCACAGAAGUCACCGUCAAGAAGAAUGUCGGACGUGCCAGAAGGCGUCAUAAGGGUCCACGCUCCACUUCUGUCCAAAGUGUCAAUGGCCAUUCAGCUCAACAGCCAGACGAAAGCCAAAGACAUCCUGGCGAAAUUUCAGUAUGAGAACAGUCGUAGCUCAUCGGAAUGCAUUAAGACGCAGAACCAAAGGUUGUAUGAAGUUGGAGGGAACAUAGGACAGCACUGUUUGGACCCCGAUGCAUAUAUAUUGGAUGUGUAUCACGUAAACCCCCACGCAGAAUGGGUGAUUAAGCCCUAGCCAAGCCUUGGAAUAUGCCCCCGAUGGCUCUUGCCUUGUAUUAUAUGCCAAGAAGACCCCGCGUUCGUGGGGAAAACAACACUGCCCCGAGGUAUUUGCUCCCAUAAUCGGUUCUCCGGGAUAGGCGGGGUCACCAGCUCUGUCAGAAUAAACUAACUACACAAGGGGAACUGGCUCACACUGAGCUGAACUUUGUCACAGUCCCUUGGUAAGAAGGUGUGACCCAGGAGAAAGGCCAGCGGUACUUGCUGUGGAGCUGUGUGGCAGAAGGAGGCUUGGCCCUGCGCCUGGGAACCGACAGCGGCACUUCUGAUGUGAAACAUACAAUAUUGAUGCUCCGGCUGCACAGACUGGAGGGCCUUCAGUCUGAAGACGUCUGUGAGCUGUGCCUUCCUGUGCAUCGUGCUCCACGAGGACUGGGUGGCACACCCCGGUGCAAAUGGGGUGCCCGCAAACGCUGAGUGUUGAGGCGGCGGCGUGCGGUUCCUUGUCUCGUGACCACAGGUCCUCAUUGCAAAUCCCAGUUGUGCUAAGGGUGUCCUGUGCUUCCAGACUUCCAGAGUGUCCUCGUGGUCCACAGUCACGUCAUGCAUCUCCUCUCUUCUCACGGUUACGGUGCUCAGUGAAGAAACCACCUUGUGUGUGUCAGCACGGAUGUAUGCCCUUUGCAGAUCUCUCCUUUUAGCAUUUCCCAACUCUAGCCACUCCUGCAGCCUCCACUCAAAAGAUAACAGAAACGCAUUUACCCCUAAGGGCUGAAAACACCCCUAGACCCAGAACUGAUAAGUUGCCAACGUGCAUUGUGCUUUUUGGUCUAUUAUUAACUAGAGACAUAAAGCCCUGUGGACCGGCGCUGGGCUGUGCAAGCUGGAAUCUGCCUCCCAGUCUACAUCUUACACAGCUCUUGCUAGAUCUGCAGUGGGGAGCAUUAAGUCCUCAUGCUUCUGAUAGGAACAAAUCUAAAAUGAGCUGAGGGACAGGACAGCUCUGCCUUCUGGAGACUGAGGGCAAAAUCCCAGUGUGCUUCAUCCUACACAGACUUACAGCAGCCUACAACAUUUAAGACCCAAGGGCCAGUGCUAGCAAAAUUGAAUUGCAAAUCCAAGAGAACCGUUUCCUUCCCUACAUAGCCCACCACAUCCGGAGGUAACUCGAGGGUACUGUAAAUGCGUGUGCAGAAGCGAUCUCGUCUGCCGGGUUAUGCCCGAUACUGAACAAACCAUUCUUAACUCCGACAGUCAGGUCAUCUUACCGUAGAAGCAGAGCAACCUGUACUUUCAACACACAGACCAUUUUAUUUCAGCGGCCUUCAUGAGUUUGCAAUACUUUUCUAGAAACACACA